UCACUGUCACAGGCUAGGCUAGCUCAACUUGUAUUUGAUGUAAAGUAAUGUGGAUUUGCUCUUUUAUUUUUGCGUUUAAAUUAAAUUCAUCACGGGUUUUUGAAAUAACAGCGAAACCAGUUAAAUGAAUUAGUCCUAUUUUUAAUAUGCUACUAUUUUGUCCAACGUGUGGAAACAUUUUAAUGGUCGAAGAAGACACAAACGGCCUCCGAUUUUCAUGCAACACAUGCCCCUAUAUUUGUAAUAUAAAUAAAAAAAUCUCAACGAGAACUUAUCCACACUUAAAGGAGGUGGACCAUGUAAUGGGAGGAGCUGCUGCUUGGGAAAACGUAGAUUCAACAGACGCCGAGUGCCCGGCUUGCUAUCACAAGCGCGCCUACUUCAUGCAAAUGCAGACACGUUCUGCCGACGAACCUAUGACCACUUUCUACAGAUGUUGUAAUCAAUUGUGUUCUCAUACGUGGAGGGAUUAAAUCCUAGCAAAACUUA